UGCCCGGGGAGGGAAUUCAGCAUUGUCGAAACUUCUAAAAUUCAAGCCAGGAAGAAGCUAGCUGGGGAAUUCUUUCAGGGAUGGGAAUUAGGCUGUGAGAAUGGGAGGAGAUCAUGGGGUCCCAGCUGCCUCCCUCCAAUGAUUGAGAGAGAGAGAGAGAGUUAUGUGACAAUAUGACAAGAUCAGCACUGUUGUUCACAUCACUAUGACUAUGUGGACCCUCGUCACAGCUGAACUAGAAAAAGCCAAGCAUGGAGCUUGCCCCUUCACGCCUCGUGUGUUGUGCCUUGUGUUUGAACCCCCUCAAUGCCAGAGCGACUGGCAGUGUCCAAAGGAGCAGAAGUGCUGUCGUGAAUAUUGUGGCAUCAAAUGCGUGGAUCCUGUAGACCCAUCAAAGCCAGUCAAGGUCAACCCUGGGAAGUGUCCAGCGGACACUGGCGAGUGCAAGAAGCCCAACCCCCCAGACCUCUGCCUGAAUGACGGCCACUGCCGGAACGGUCUCAAGUGCUGCAAGGGGGUGUGUGGGAACUCAUGUUUUGAGCCAGUGGAAGAUAUAUUCUUGCCAGUUCAACAAGAUUAUGAGGACUUCCCGGUACGCGUGGUCUGACGAUUCUUUUGUUCCCCAAGCCUGAGAAAAAUGAAAGUGUCUUGAUGAAGGUGUGGCUCUGUGACCAACACCUCCGGGGUCUAAGUGUGGGCCUGUUUUAUCUGUGUAUGCUCAGCAUCCAACGCGAGGCUUGGCGCACAAGAGGAAAUGACUGUUGGUUAGUGAAUAAAUAAAUA